GACGUAGACACUUCUCAUCCUGAGUAAUUCCAAAGUGCUUUACUAGUUGUGAACAUAUUGCCCUGUUCAAAUGCAGCCAUUUCUGAGGUGGAAGGCAACAAGUUGGUUCAUAGUGCAGUGAAGGAAGCAGAAAAUAGGACUGGGUGAACUUGUGUUUUCAGGGAGUUGUGGUUUGGGAUUCUAAUGCUUAGACUACUGAGCACUACGGUGGAGAUUUCUCUGGAGGGAGGGCAGUUUGUAUAUUUGGAUUAUAAACAAAAUCAGUAAAAUGCUGGAUGUGUAUUAGUUCAGAACUUGUUUUCCUAAAAUGUUACUAUACACAAUAGAAAACAAAAUAGCUCGUUCUAAUCAGUGUAGAACCAGGGGCUGCUUCUUGUGAUGGGUUUUGUAUACACAACAAAUGUUCCGGAAAAAAAAAAUCAUGGUAAUUCUUAGAAUGUUCACUGUAUAUUUGCAGAGCACUGAUGUUCUCAUUUUGUAUGAUUUUGUAUCCUAGUGCUUGCUGAUCAGGCUAUCUGAGGCUCAGAAAAUGACAAGGCAGAGCUGACCUACAGGUUUUAAUAUAUCCAUAUGAUGCAAAGAGAAGAGUAAUCUUUGAAGUGUCAGUUUCUGUAAAAGAAUAUAAUUGAAGAUUAUGUUCGUUAUACAGACACGAUAGAUUAAAAAAUUGGAGAUUCGUCAUCAUGAAUUCUACCCCUCCAAUCAGUUACACUAUUCCUGAAAUCAAACGCCUACACUGUAUCCAGAGUGAGUUGAGGCUACUGCAAAAUAGUAGUCAAUCAGAGCUGGAUGUUACUGAAGAUCUGAGAAGGAAACUUCAUCAAGCCAAAAAAGAAAAACUGGACAUAACGACUAAACAUAACCAAGAUCUGUCCAACUAUGAAAGCCAGAUUGCCAGGUUGCGAUCUGAAGUUGAGAAAGGAGAGGCCAUUCGACAAAGUCUGGAGUAUGAACUUGUCAUUGCCAGAAAAGAUGCUGGUCUUGAAAGAUACUCUGCAGAGGAAAAGUUAUGUGAAGCUAGCAAUCGAUUUCAGCAGCUUCAAGCCAUGAAUGCAGAGCUUCAACAGAAAUUGGCUGAGACCGAGAAAGUGUUUCAUAUUUCUCAGCAGAAUUGGAAGGAACAGCAGCAAAGACUUACAAAUGAUUUAGAGGAGAAAGAUAACAUCCUCAAGACCUGUAAUAGUGAAUAUGAGUUACUUCUGAAGGAGAGGACUAAACUGGAAAACGUUAUACAGGAGCGGAACAAUGCACUGCAAAAUAUGCAUAAGAAAAUACAAGAUCUGGAAUUGGAACAUAAUGACUGCACUGACAUUCUCCGGCGACAGGCCAGUGAACUUGAAUACAGUACUGAACGAGAGGAGAGACUUAAAAAAGAUCUUGAGGCAGCUACUGUGAGAGUGAAGAAAUUGGAAGAAAAUAUUGAGGCAGAGAGAGCAGCACAUCUGGAAUCCAAAUUUAAUUCUGAAAUUAUCCAGUUAAGGAUUCGAGACCUUGAAGGAGCUUUGCAGGUAGAAAAAGCCAGCCAAGCAGAAGCUCUUUCUGAUUUGGAAAUGAUCAAGAAAGAGUUCAAAGAGGUGGAAAACGCAUAUGAGAGAGAGAAACGUAAUGCCCAAGAGAGCUUGGAAAAACUCAAUAUAUUCGAAAAAGAGUAUUUUUCUACAAACAAGCAACUAAAUGAAGAGAUUGAGGAAAAGAAGAAAGUAAUUACACAUCUCUCUGAGAGACUCCAGGAUAAUGAAAAAAGUUGCAAAGAAUUACAGGAGGAACUUGCAAAGGCCAAGAAACGCCAGGCCUUCCUAACAGAGAUGUGUGAAAACAAUGUGAGAGAACUGGAGUUACUCUUGGACAGCUUUACUAUGUCAAGCCAGCGGACAGCAGGCAGUCGCAAGGACAAAGAUAAACCUCCAAGCCUCUCUGUUGUCCUUGAGACUUUGAGGAAUACCUUGACAGAUUACCAGAACAAGCUGGAAGAUACAUCUAAUGAGCUAAAGAAAAUGAAAGCUUCAUGUGAGAAGAUGACAAAAGAGAUUGACUCAUCCAAACAAAAAAUAUGGUCUCAAAGUCAAGACCUUAAGGAAGCUCAGGAUAAUCUGGCUGAUGCCAAUGAAGAGUUAAAUCAUCUACGCACUAAGUGUGCAGACAGAGAGGCUUUAAUAGGCACUUUAAAAAUGGAACUGCAGAAUGUACUUCACUGCUGGGAGAAAGAGAAAGUCCGUGCCACAGAAUCAGAAAAUGAAAUCCAGAAGCUUACCAAGGCUUACCAGAAGGAUACUGAGGAGAAGCUAACCUUCCUCCAUACUUUAUAUCAGCAUUUGGUAGCAGGCUGUGUGCUUAUAAAACAACCAGAAGGCAUCCUGGAUAAAUUCUCCUGGCUUGAGCUUUGUGCAAUCUUGCAGGAGAACGUUGAUGCCCUGAUCUUAGACCUCAGCAGGGCUAAUGAGAAGAUAUCUCAUCUAGAAUAUAUUUGCAAGAACAAGUCUGAUACCAUGAGGGAACUUCAACAGACCCAGGAAGACACUUUUAACAAAGUGGCUGAGCAGAUGAAAGCACAGGAAAGCUGUUGGCAGAAACAGAAAAAGGAGUUGGAGCAGCAGUACUCUGGACUCCUUGGGGAAGUUCAUGCAAGGGCACAGAAAUAUCAAGAAAUUGCAGAAAAAGCCAAGGAAAGAUGUUCUGUCAUUGAAAAAGCACGAGAGCAGUUGGUCCAUGAAAAUUCACAAUUGAAAAGUAUAUUAAUGCAGACACAAAAGGAACAUACGUCUCUGCUGGCUGCCUGUGCACUAAUGGGUGGUGCCUUAUAUCCUUUAUACAGCCGAUUAUGUGCCUUGUCUACACAAAGAGACUUUCUCCAGGAUCAGGUCCACACCUAUGAAGUACUCAAACAGGAAAUUAGGACUCUGGUCUGUGCUUUGUCUGAUGUAGAGGAAAAGAGGCAAGAUGAAGUGAAGAUAAAGAAAAAGCAUUUCAAAGGCAUGAUACAUGUAUUCCGGAAAGGUGUUAUUGCAGUUCUAGCAGCACACAGACUUCAAAUUUUGGGACAGUCAAGUAGCUCUCUUUUCUCCUGGGUAGAUGGUUUCAAAGAAGGCAUAGGAAUCCUAGUUUGCAUAGGAGAGGCCAAGGGGAAACACAAUCUGUCAAAACACCAAAAGGAACAAAUCCAUUGUCUUCAAGCACUCAACUGGUUUACUAGUUCUGACCUUCUUGCUGCAAUAAUCAGUUCGGUGGCUGAAUUACAGGAAGUUGUUAGCAAAACAGAUCCAAAUUCCUGGCUUUGUGGACACUUACUCAUAAGUGCAGCCAGGAAUUCUUUUUCAAAACUCAUGGACAGACUUAAUGUGCUAAUGGAGACUAUAGCAGUGGAUAGCAGCAGGACCAUCACAUAUGUAGAGAAGGACUCCUUGGUUCAAAGACUGGCUCGUGGACUUCAUAAAAUAAAUGCACAGGCACUAAAAGCUGGACUAGGUGAUAGAAUACCCAUUACGAAAAGCAUAGCAUCCUUGCAGAAGCAAAUAUUUGAAUUUACACAAAGGCUGCAUACAGCAGAAGUGGAACGCCGUUCACUACGCUUAGAACUCACAGAAUUCAAACGGAAUUUGAAUGAGAUGAAAAAAGAGGCUGACAAAGCCCAGAGCCUGCAAGAGCAAUUAAAUGCAUUUAAGCAAUCUAAAUUGAUCACCCAUGAGAGGUUUGAAAGUGCAUGUGAAGAACUGAAUAAUGCAUUACAUCGAGAGCAGCAGGCACAAAUGCUUUUGAAUGAGCAGGCACAACAGCUACAGGAGUUAAAUUAUAAACUGGAAUUGCACUCAAGUGAAGAAGCGGACAAAAACCAAACCCUAAGUGAAGCUGUAAAGAGUCUCUCCGAGGCAAAGAUGGAGCUGAGAAGAAAAGAUCAAUCUCUGCGUCAGCUCAAUAGACAUCUUACCCAGCUGGAGCAGGACAAGCGUCGACUGGAAGAGAGCAUCCACGAUGCAGAGAGUGCCCUCCGCAUGGCAGCAAAAGAUAAAGAAUUAAUUGCCAGUCAUAUGAAAUCUGUGGAAGCCACCCUACAGAAGGUCAGAGAUCAGAUCUCGCUGUCACGGACUGCGGCAACCAGGAAUGACUUCACCCUGCAGCUACCCAAACUGCACCUGGAGACCUUUGCAAUGGAAGGGCUGAAGGGCGGGCCAGAGGUUGUAGCAUUUCAGGCUCUGAUUAUAAGUUUUAUGGAUGUCUACCAACUCGCAAGCUCCAGAGUUGCUACACUAGAGAGAGAAAUAACAUCUCAUCGACAUCACAUUGCAGCCCUGAAAUCAGAACUCCAAACAGCUUGUCUUCGUGAAAAUGAAAGCUUACAAUCAGAAUCACGAGACAGUUCAAACGUCCCCAUGGCUUCAAGAUCAGCACUUCAGCCCGACCAGAGCUGUAUCCCAGAUUUUUUGCCGUUGCAAGCUGAGGCAGAUACAUCUUACAGUUUUAUACACAAUAGACCCCAUUCUCAGUCUUCAUCCUAUUCCUCUGCCCUCAACAUCUCAGCCAGCACCAAAAGAACAAUACAAAACGGCUUUUAAGACUUUGUAUUAAUUUUAUGAGGAAAAAACUGUAUAAAUUUUAAAUGAUGCAAUUAAAAUGAUAUUUUAUUGGA